UCAUUAAGCAAAUUUUAUUAGAAAUGAGCGAACCAGUUGGAGAAGAUGAAGUGUUGGCAGAAUAUCCCAUUUACUUGACAACGGAGCUGACAAAGUACUUGUACAUGUUUCAAUACCCUAUGCGGUCAACACCUUUCAAUAGCAAGAAUGGACCCAAUGCAGCUCGUAUAAAGCCCAAAGCUAAAAUGGUUGAACUUGACUUGCCUUUGGACACGCGGUCUAGUAACUAUAGUACAGAACGUGGAGAGGAUUUUGCGAUGGGAUUAAAUGAUAAGACAAUCAAGACAGCAUAUGAUAGAAGAAUGGAGGAACAUGAGGAGGAGUUAUCGAUGGGACACAGUUAUAAACAACCCAAGAAGAAGGAAGAGGAGUUAUUGGAUAAGAUGACACUUACAUCUGUGGAGGUACCUAAGCAAACAAAAUAUGUGGUUGGUGUGAUUCGAGAUGAAGAGCUUCAUUUGACACCUAUUAAUACGACAGUUCAAUUAAGACCUGGCUUUAAAUAUAUCGAUAAAAUUGACGAGAAAUGGAAAGCAGCCAACAAGCGUAUCCAAGAUGUUGAAAAGUUAGAAGAAAAGAAGAAAGGAGUGGAAGCAAACACAGCACAGACACUUCAGGUAUCAGUAAAGAAUGCUGAAAGGGAAGGCAAUAUUCGAAGAAAUGUGUAUUCGAUGUCUGUUCGUAAUGCAGAGGAAGAAGAUUGGCAACCUAUUGUCUAUUAUGAUGAAACAUCACUUCAAGCAGAGAAAGUAUCAGAGAAAUUAUACACCAGCAAUAAGCAACUUUUGGACUGUAAAACAACGAAUGCAGAUUAUCUUGAUCAAUUAAGUAGUCAAAAACCUCAUUCAUAAAUAAACACUACUGUCAAUUAAGCAAUUGUCGGAUUUUCAUUGACAAGUGACGACCCUUUAGGAUAUGCCUUUUUUUUUUUCACCCCCCACCC